CAAGGCAAUCUACAGUACUAUUGCUGUGUUGAAGCUAUUCCUGUUUUUCUUUUUGGCUUAUAGCCCACUUAAAACAAUGGGGGAUUGUGCUGGCUGCUGGCACUUCUAUCGUUUAAAGCUUCCAUUUGUCUUGUCAUUGGUCUUUUUCUGUCUUUUGAAAACAAGCUGCUUGCAAACAGAGGUUUAAAUGUCUAGACGGAGUAUUGACCCUCCACGUACAAAUUUUCAGAGCUGUUGACAAAAUCUACACUGUUAGGUUCUCCUAGGGAACAAAUGUCCAUGUAUUGCAACGAAGCCACACUUCAUGGUAAACAGUUUCUUUUCUAGUACAUGCUAGCUAACAAGUGUGAACACACUUCAAGUGUGAGUAUCCUCAGACCACUGGAUUUCUGCAAUCUAAUAGAGCUGAUUUAGGAUCUUUGCUUUACAUUUUGGUGUAUCCUGUCUGUGUGUUCUUUUUCUGAGGUGUUUGACUCUUGGAGAGCGUAACUGUAUUCCAUGCUGGCAAUUGCACUCGUAAUAUUGCUAACUUUCUCACUGGAGGCUGGCCAGCAAAGGGCAGAGUUUCUGUACAGUGUUUGAGACAAAUCAGUACAAAACGACAUGCAACCCCGUCUCCGGUUUUCCCUUGUCUUUACUGCCUGGUAAAACUGAAAAAGAAACUUUCUUUCCUGCAAUCUUGCAUAUUUCUGCUGUUUUUAUUGUGUGAGAAAUCUUUGCCAUGUGUAUGAUUGCUUUGUUGUGAUUUUUAAUUAUUAAAAGGGACUGUGCAGGGUAGUGCAGGUUAUAUUGUGUUUGUAGAGACAGUGUAAAAGUUGUGGCUUUUUAAAGGCAAGAAAUUUCUUGCUUAAUCAUGUUAUGAGCACAGUUAAAAUUGAAAGCAUAAGCGUGCUAUAUUUAUUCAUGUUCUGCCAUGACAGCCUAAUGCUGUAACAGACCAAAAUGUUAAGCUUGAAGUAAUUUUUCUAAUUUGCAUGUGGAGUUGACUUAAACUUUUAACACUAAAUUUAAGUGGUUUUGUGGUAGUUAAGUUUGUGUGUGUGCUUUAUAUGAAUGUGCCUUGUGAAUAUGAUGUGGUUUAGAUUUAUAGCAGUGCCGAGUGUGUUCGCUGCCUUAGUCAGCUGUGAGAGCUCUCUCGCUGGGGCCGCUCCUCUCUGAUGGAAAAGGAGCAGCUGUGAAGGUGCUGUUUCAGGCUCUUGCUGGCAUAAAAAAAAAAAUAAAAAAAAAGAAAACCCCCACUAGCUUACAUUGGAGAGAGGGAACCAGGCCACGUGACUCCCACCAUCCUACCCUAUGUCACAGUGUGUAGGAGCACUGAGUGCUCUUACCCAAUCAUGCCUGGAAUGCUGCUUGCCACUUGGGCUAUUUCUGCUAUCUGUCGCUAUCAGGGCUGCAGUGCUAACAGUUUGGCAGAUGGGACACUUUUUCUUGGAGUUUCUGUCUUUGGUUUUUAACUUCUGGCAGUGCCUGAAUUGUUGCUGUUCUCCCUCUCCUUUUCUUCUCUCUGUAAAACCAUGGCCCAUCGGCUGCGGUUUCAUUUUGGCUCUGGGAGAAGCAACACAGCCCCCGAAUCAGAGAUCCUCGACCGGGAGAGAGAAGAUGACUUUUUCAUGACAUUCCACACUUUGCCAAGAAGAAACAGUCCUCACACUUUCUCCCGACACGGAGCAGAUUAUGGUGGUGGCAGCGAUUUGCAAGAAGUGGGCUCCUUAAAAAGGAGUACAUCCAUGUUUAUUCCCCAGCUGCUGAACAGUAUUGAUGCGCGUCCAAUGAGAAGCUCGUCAAUGCAGAUCUCUCUUCAGCGCAAAGCUGCGAACGGCUGCGCAGAUGAGUACGCAACCCUGGAAUCUCCUGAGAAGGCACUUCCUUGUAAAUUCUCAGACUUCAGGGAACUUUAUGCAUCCCCUGUUGAAAACCGUUCUUCUCCAAGCUGUCCAGAGGUGACUCCUGAAAAUUCUCCACCCAGGCUGACGGAAGAGUUAGGGCAACAGAUUAAUGGGACUGUUUGCUGUCAUCGUAGAAUAUUUUGUACUAUUCCUUCCAAUAACCAGAGUGAGGAUGCUUCAUCAGCUACCCAAGAAGGUGAGGCAAAUGAAGCAGCUUCAGGUUUAAACGUAAGUGGUCUGAGGAUUCAGCAUCGGGCUUCAAGUGCAGACGUGCCUCAGGUUACUCUACUACCCUUUGGUACUGAUGCUCAAAAUAAUGCUCCCACCCCUGAACCCCGGCGUUGGUCUUUGCAACAUGUGCCAGAUAUGUCAGCAAAUUCAGGGAAAAAGUUAUUUGUUCUCCAGUUACAGCAACCACAGACAAGUGGUACAGGUGCAGGAGGUGAAUAUAACUUUGGUUUUACUGGAACCAAAGGGGACAGAUUAGUCAGGUAUCCUCGAAUACGGCUAGAAAGGAGUACUUCCUACCCUGUCCAGCCACCAACAGAAGAAAUUAGCCCCACAGCUGAUGGAUUGAAUUCAGAACUGCAUGGAAAUGGCAGGAACGGGUCAGAAAUGUCUAGAAGCGAUUCAGUAGAGCGGAUUCCUCAAGGGCAGGGAUGCUUGUUUAAAAUCAGACCAGAUCAAAACACAAGGCAGCAGCACUUCAGAAUUCUUGUCACCCGUGGUCCUGAAGAACAAAAUCAGGUUGUUGGUAAAGAGGGUCACGGCACCCCUGGUCCUAUAGCAGCCAGUACCGCAACUAGAGACGACUUCCUGGGUCAAGUGGAUGUGCCACUUAGUCACCUUCCGACUGAAGACCCAGCCAUGGAAAGGCCAUACACAUUCAAGGAUUUCCUUCUCAGACCAAGAAGCCACAAAUCUCGUGUGAAGGGUUUCUUGAGACUGAAGAUGGCUUAUAUGCCUAAAAAUGGUGGCCAAGAGGAAGACAGCAGUGAUCAACGGGAUGAAUCUGAGCAUGGAUGGGAUGUGGUUGAUUCCAGUGACUCUGCAUCUCAACGUCAGGAGGAGUUACCACCUCCUCCGCUGCCUCCUGGAUGGGAAGAAAAGGUGGACAACCUGGGGCGGACUUACUAUGUCAACCAUAACAACAGGACUACUCAGUGGCAUCGACCAAAUUUAAUUGAUGUGGGAUCUGAUUCAGAUAACAAUAUCAGGCAAAUAAACCAAGAAGCAGCCCAUAGGCGGUUCCGCUCUAGGAGACACAUUAGUGAGGAUUUGGAACCAGAACCUAUGGAGAGUGGAGACAUUCCUGAGCCUUGGGAAACCAUUUCAGAGGAGGCAAGUGCAAGUGGAGAUUCCUUAAGCUUGUCAUUGCCACCUCCUCCUGCAUCUCCAGUAUCCCGUACCAGUCCUCAGGAGCUAUCUGAGGAACUGAGCAGAAGACUUCAGGUCACUCCUGAUUCCAAUGGGGAACAACUCAGUUCUUUGAUUCAAAGAGAUCCUUCUUCAAGAUUAAGAUCUUGCAGCGUAACAGACACAGUUGCUGAACAGUCUCAAUUAUCCUUGCAGAGUGGUCCAUCUAGGAGAGCUUGUUCUUCAACAGUCACAGGUGGUGAGGAACCAAUGCCUUCAGUGGCCUAUGUACAUACUACACCGGGCUUACCUUCAGGCUGGGAAGAAAGAAAGGAUGCAAAGGGCCGUACUUACUAUGUCAAUCAUAACAAUCGAACCACAACAUGGACACGGCCCAUUAUGCAGCUUGCAGAAGAUGGCAUGGUUGGGUCAUCAGCAAACAGCAGCAACCAUUUAAGUGAACCCCAGAUAAGACGGCCUCGUAGCCUCAGUUCGCCCACAGUAACUUUAUCUGCUCCACUGGAGGGUAUCAAGGACUCCCCUGUGCGCAGAGCAGUGAAGGACACGCUUUCCAAUCCACAGUCUCCACAGCCCUCACCUUACAACUCUCCUAAACCACAACACAAAGUUGCACAAAGCUUCCUUCCUCCUGGCUGGGAGAUGCGAAUAGCACCCAAUGGCAGGCCCUUCUUCAUUGAUCAUAAUACUAAAACUACUACAUGGGAGGAUCCACGACUGAAGUUUCCAGUGCAUUUGAGAUCAAAAGCCCCUUUGAACCCUAAUGAUUUGGGCCCUCUUCCUCCUGGUUGGGAGGAAAGAAUACAUUUGGAUGGAAGAACGUUUUACAUAGACCAUAGAAGCCAGGUGUUGAUAUGUGGAGACAUUGAUACCAGAGACUUAGUGCCCUCAUACGACAAUAAAAUUACCCAGUGGGAAGACCCCAGACUGCAGAACCCAGCAAUUACUGGUCCAGCAGUUCCGUAUUCCAGGGAGUUCAAACAGAAAUAUGACUAUUUCCGGAAGAAGUUAAAGAAACCAGCUGAUAUACCGAACAGAUUUGAAAUGAAACUACACAGAAAUAAUAUUUUUGAGGAGUCCUACAGAAGAAUCAUGUCUGUGAAGAGACCUGAUGUACUAAAAGCCAGGCUCUGGAUUGAAUUUGAGUCAGAAAAAGGACUUGACUAUGGAGGGGUGGCCAGAGAAUGGUUUUUUCUCUUGUCCAAGGAGAUGUUUAACCCUUAUUAUGGUCUCUUUGAAUAUUCAGCCACGGACAACUAUACACUUCAGAUUAAUCCUAAUUCAGGUCUUUGUAACGAAGAUCAUCUGUCAUAUUUCACAUUUAUUGGUCGGGUCGCUGGUCUGGCAGUAUAUCAUGGGAAGCUAUUGGAUGGCUUCUUCAUCAGACCUUUUUACAAGAUGAUGCUGGGGAAACCAAUAACUCUGAAAGACAUGGAGUCAGUGGACAGUGAAUACUACAACUCUUUGAAGUGGAUCCUGGAAAACGACCCUACAGAGUUGGAUCUCAUGUUUUGUAUAGAUGAGGAAAACUUCGGACAGACAUACCAAGUCGACCUGAAGCCAAAUGGGUCAGAAAUCAUGGUAACGAAUGAAAACAAAAGGGAAUACAUUGACCUGGUCAUCCAGUGGAGGUUUGUGAACAGAGUUCAGAAACAAAUGAAUGCGUUUUUGGAGGGAUUCACAGAACUUCUUCCUAUUGAUCUGAUUAAAAUUUUUGACGAAAACGAACUAGAGUUACUGAUGUGUGGCCUUGGUGAUGUUGAUGUUAAUGACUGGAGGCAACAUACGAUCUACAAAAAUGGUUACUGCCCAAAUCAUCCCGUUAUCCAGUGGUUUUGGAAGGCCGUUUUACUGAUGGAUGCUGAAAAACGGAUUCGAUUGCUGCAGUUUGUUACUGGGACAUCACGCGUGCCUAUGAAUGGAUUUGCUGAACUUUAUGGUUCAAAUGGUCCUCAGCUGUUUACAAUAGAGCAAUGGGGAAGUCCUGAUAAACUGCCCAGAGCUCACACAUGCUUUAAUCGCCUAGACUUACCUCUUUAUGAAUCUUUUGAAGAUUUGAGAGAGAAGCUCCUCAUGGCAGUUGAAAAUGCUCAAGGAUUUGAAGGAGUGGAUUAAACAUUGACCUUUUUCCCCCCCUUCAAGCAAGUUCUGCUUGGACUUUUGCAUUGGCCUGAUGGACUCCGAGUGACUAUGGCAGAGCAGUUGCACAGCGUUGGUUCAUGGAGCAAAUCUCUUGAGGGUGCAGUUGCCAGAAUACAGAAGUUUGAACUGUCAUCUGUGGGUGGCUUUUCUGACAUUUCCACAGCAGGUUAUCAGCUGCAUAACAUGAACUGAUCACAUUUCAGCAGGACUUACUCUAUUUAUGUUAUGCCUCUGUAGGCAAAGCCCUUAAUAAAUAUUUUACAUAAUUUCUAAUGACAAUGAAUGGAAUUAAUCAUUUUACAGGUAUAGUAUGACAACUCAUGUUUACUUUUUAAUUGAUUUAGAAAUUUUCAGAUUUUAUUUCAUUACAAUUAAAUAUCAUAUACUUGGAGAAAGGAGCAUUUUUCUUAAUUUCAUACCAGACUUGAUGCCAGUGUCAUUUUUUCAAAGCACAUUUUAAGCCUUGUGUUCCCAAACCAUUAAGGAAGUAGGAGACAGCUGUGUUGGAAACUUUCUCUACAUGGGCUAUAUAUUGAGAGCAACUCUUUUCAUUGAGCACAUAAAUAUUUUUCUGUAUCCAGAAGUACAGACUGGAUGUUGCAUUUUUGUAUAAAUAUUAGAAUAGUUACAAUUCAAGGGAGAAUCAUAACAUACAUAGCAUGCCAAAUCUCAUGUUCAGUAAAGAAAUUGCCUCAUUACUGGUAAUACUUACAUGUACUAUAAAGCAUUUUGGGGUAGGGUUGGCAUUAAUCGUUUUAGGAGAAUAUGCUUAACCCUGUCAUUAUCUUUGUAUAGUGAUUCUUUUAUUAUCCUUUAUUCUACUGUUUGCAACUGAGGCAUUUUGAAUGAAACCUGGCACUAUGUGAUUUGGCACUAUGGAAAACAGAUCUGUUUUGUCGCCUAUUUGUAUGCAUUUGCUAAUGAUAUCUAAAUAACAAUGUUUUUUUUGUUUGUUUCUAUACUGCACCAACUCUAAAGGCACUUUAUGUAACACACGGAAGUAAGUCAUAUCUGUUUUUUUAUCAUAAACAUUAAGGUGAUCAUAUUCCUUCUCACUGCACGUCUUUCUGGUGCAAUAUCUAUCCAUUGUGAAUUUGGCUGCUGAUGAUGUAUAAAAAAAACAAACAAACAAAACCACCAGAUGUAGAGCUGAGCCUGCAGACAUGUUCCUCAGCAAUUGUUUUUGUGAUUUAUUUUUUACUUAAUCACAAAGAUUUAUUUAAUAUACACUGCUAUCUAAUCAAUUUUGUUACCUAUGACAUGUUGCAUGCUUAAACUAUAAUGUCUGAGUUGCAUCUCUUCUUGUGACGGAUUAAAAGUGAAAGAUUUGUAUUUGA